AUGGAGCAUAGGGCCGUCGUGAAGAUCUGCCCGGCACUGCGCAUUCCAUUCUCUAAAGUCCUCCUCCACGUUUCUCUAAUCCUUCUGCGUCUUCGGUGGAUCCUUAGCGGAAACAGUGAUACAGCAACUGUGGUAUCGCACAAGUUAAUGCCUCCAGUAUUCGCCAAUCAGAUCCGAGUACUUCCUUACAGCGUCCAUCGGCGAACAGUUUGCCUGAGGAUUGAGCUGCUUGGCUGCCCUUUUACAGGUAAGGCCUAA